AUGUGCCACAGCGUAGCGUUUAAAACAAGUACAUGUCGCGUACAAAAAAUCCAAUUGAGGGGGCAUGAUAGCCCGAUAGUUGAAAAGGAGACGUGCACUUUUGCACGUGCAUCAGAAAAAGAGUGUGAGGCAGACGUCUCCGACUGCUCACUCGCGUCGACCGCGUCAGGGUGCUCAGGAGCACAAACGCGAAAAAGACGGCAGCCUUACCUAUGUAGGCCGGAAAAGGCCAAAAAACCAGCCGUGGACGAUGAAGAGGUCAUUGAUCCUUACGAGACCGUGCCGGUACCAAAGGCAAAUAAAGAUCUGCCCUCGGUAAAUGACAUCCAAGAAGGAUUGAAAACCCGCACUGCUGCGGACAUAAGAGCCCAAAUGGUCGAGUCUAUGUCUUCUAUCGAGAAAGUCGUGGACAGUUCCCGCAACUUAAGAGGAUCACAUGCACAAAACCUUCGCAUGGCAGCUCGCUCAGCGUUGGCAGCGGCUUCGGAACUGGCGCAGAGAAAUAACACCUCUGAUGUAGAGAAGUUACGAAAGGAAAAUGAAGAGCUCCGAUCAGAACUUGCCAUUCUGAAGUCUGAACUGGCAAAGUUAGCUGCGGAACUGAAAAACAGCCAAUGCCUUCAAGACAACAUUUUGGAAAGACGGUGUGAACAGGCUGAAUCAAUGGUAGAGAAAGAUCCACUAGUGCGGAGCAUUGCUGCCCUAAUGGACCAAAAACUGAAUGAGCUACGAGCUGAGAUUUUCCCAGAAAAUGCUGUUAGAAAAGCUCUGGGAUUCAGGUCACAUGGGGCACGAUCGGACACGGAUAGGCCCGACUCAAACGAAAAACCAAAGUCAAAAAAAAAAAAAAAGGGAAAGAAAAUGUCUAUGAAGGCAGCUCAACUACCAGUACCUGUACCACAGGUGCCAUCAGAAGCACCCUCAGUGCCACCGGAAAGCCCAAAACCAGAGCAACAUGCUACGGUAACCUGGACUAAAGUUGUGGGGCGGAAAACAAAAGCUACAACCUCGGCUGCGAAGAAAUCUGCGGAUGCCACACCGGGUAAAACCACUUACUCAGGCCGGACGAAAAGUACAAAGCCACCGCCCUCUCCAAAAACGGCGGCUGUCACAAUAACGUUAACAGACGGCUCAACAGCCAAUUAUGCUGAGGCCAUGGCAGCUGCAAAGCAGCGGAUUAACUUGGCAGAUUGCGGAAUAUCGCAUCUCCGACAGAAAAAAGCUAUCACGGGUGGGCUUAUUUUGGAGGUUCCGGGUCCUGAUAGUACCAAAAAAGCGGAUGCACUUGCAGAGCGGCUUCGUGCGGCCUUAGCUGAUAUGGGUGUGCGCAUCGCACGCCCGGUUAAAACGGGAGAAAUUAGGGUAAUGGACCUGGAUGAGUCUAUUACUAGAAAUGAUAUAGCGGCGGCGAUAUCUGAGACUGGAGGAUGUUCCCAAGAGGAAGUUAAGGUGGGAGAAAUCCGUCUCAACCCUUCAAGGCUGGGUACGGCCUGGGUUCGAUGCCCAAUCACGGCCUUCCGUAAGCUCGCCGAUGUGAAAUAUCUGCGUGUGGGGUGGGUCAGCGUUAGAGUGCGUAUCCUGGCAGCUAGGCAGUUACAAUGCUUCCGAUGUCUAGAAGUAGGACAUGUUCGAAAGCAUUGUCAGAAUACCAUUGAUAGGAGCCUGUGCUGCUACUGCUGUGGCGAACAAGGGCAUAAAGCACGCGAAUGUGAAGCGAAAGUGCCCAAGUGCCCCGUAUGCGCAGAUCUCGGUCGGCCAGCAGACCAUAGAUUGGGUAGCGCUAAAUGCAACCCUCCCAAAAAAUCCACUGGACCAGGAAAAGUAAGCAAAUCAGCUCAGCCGCCCAAGCAGCCGGGCAACCUGAACCACUGCCGUGCUGCGCAAGACCUACUACAGCAGUGCCUUGUGGAGUGGUCGGUUGCCCUGGCAGUUGUCGCCGAACCUUACAAAGUUCCCAACAAUCCUCGCUGGUUCGGUAGCGUUGGGAAUAAGGUUGCCAUAUUCUGGGGUGGAAAGCAAGGCGAUCCCCCUUGCACCAUCCUGGAGAAAGGGUUAGGUUUCGUUGCAGUGCAGUGGGGUAUUGUAGGAGUAGUAGGCUGCUACAUCUCACCUAACUCCGGGUUUGAAGCCUAUGAGUCAUACCUGGACAACCUGGCUGCAUGCAUCCGUAGAUGUUUACCUCGUCCAACUAUAAUUCUGGGCGACUUUAACGCACACUCCAAACUAUGGGGAGAUAAACGGGAUGAUCGGAGAGGAAACCUUAUCCAGGACUGGGCAGCAGAACUCAACCUUCAGCUCCUAAAUCAAGGCUCCACAAGCACUUGUGUAAGGUGGCAGGGGGAGUCGAUCGUAGAUCUUACAUGGGCGACUCCUUCUGCAUCACAUAUGGUAUCAGGAUGGAGAGUUGCAGAAGAAGUUGUUACACUCUCGGACCACCGCCACAUCGUGUUCCAAGUGACUCAGCGCCCCUCAUGCAUGUCCAACCACCGAAAUUGUAGCCCUCCGCUUCGCUGGUCACUGAAGAAGCUUAACCGUGACUUGCUAGUGGCUGCUGCUCAUGUUGCGGCUUGGCCCAAUCAUUCCCAAGGCUUACUAUCUGAUCCGGAAGAGGAGGCGGCCUGGUUUCGGCAUGCUAUGAUAUCAAUUUGUGAUGCCUAA